AUGAUUUGGACUGCAAUCUGGCUUUAUAUUCUUUUCACUCAUUUCCAUUACGCUGCUUGCUACAGCGAAUCGUCGCCCUCCGCUGACUGGAGAUUAUCGGAAAAUCCUGCUCUUUGGAUAAAAUUAGUGGAAAAUUUGUACGAGGAUCGCUACGUCAAAUCAUUCGGAAAGAGGACGGGAGAGCGCUUUGCAGGAAAAAUGUUGGGAAAUAAUCUACUCGAGAAAGGAAAUAAACGAGGAAGAGAACUUUUCGGUAAGCGUUCUAACGAACAACUCGCUGAAAACAUAGACAGUCAAACGGCUAAUUCCUUUCCAACAAAAGACCUCACUGCCUACAAGAAAACGAUAGAUGCUGUGAGCGCAGAUUCUCGAGAUACGGAAAUUGAGAUUUUUAAAACCGACAUAAUAAUUCAUAACGAACGUUUGACAGAAGUUCAAGCUCAAUGCGAUUACAUCACUCAGGGGUAA